AUGGACUUUCAAAGCCGAGCGACUCAGCAACUGGUGGUCGAUCAGUUCGGAGAGGGUUGCCUGGGUGGAGCUGGGCGAAUCCCGAAGACUUUCAGCCCUCCCAACGCCUUCGCCUCGAUUCCACUCGUGGACGUCGCCGGGCCAUUGGUUGCCCCAUUUUCCGGAUGGGGUGGCUGUGAUGAAAAUGGCGCCAACUGCGUGAACGGCGACGUCUCUGGUGGCACCAUUCUUGCCUGGGACACCUCUGGUUUCGGCGACUGGCAAGGCUUCUGGAAUCCGCUUCUCGGCUCGGAGCUGAAACAAGGCGAUUGA